UGAUUUGAUAACAGUCGCGAAGAAGGUAUCUGUAAUUGAAAUUCAAACAUUCCGACACAUUUUAAACGAGACUUCACAAGGUCAAUUCUUUAUUUUCACCGUUGAAAGAAGGCGUGGCGAAGAAAUUGUGAAUUUUUUUGUGGUUCGUUUCGGACUCGGGACUAGUUUAUCAAGAAGAUAGCCGUUUAAUGCUCAUCCAUCAGUCAGUGCGUGCGGAGAAGAGGUGUUUUUCAUCCAGUGAAAGCGUUUCACUGAAAAUAACUCUCGGAUUAUUUCCUAGCAUCUACUGAUACUCCUGGUUUUGAAUAAAUUUGCACGGGAAAGCUGGGAACAUGAGCAAACAACAACGAUUGCCAAAAGAUUUCACCAAGUUGAUAUUCCAGUCGAUAUGGUUUUUAAUGGCAAUGAUACCGAUGAUACUUUGGGCUUUGAUUAAAGAGAUGCUACCUUCCAAGAAGAAAUCACUGAAAAAUGAGGUUAUUUUGAUUACGGGAGCCGGGACCGGUCUGGGAAGAGAGCUGGCCGAGCGGCUAGCGCCGACGGGCUGCCGACUGGCCCUCGUGGACAUCAACGAGGCAGCCGUCAACGAGGUCGCAGACAGGAUCAACCGGGAGCACCCCAAGACGGCCAAGGCCUACGCGACCAACCUGGGCGUCGGUGCCGAGAUCGCCGCGCUGGCCCGGAGGGUCCUCGCCGAUUUCGAGCGUGUCGAUAUCCUGGUCAACAACGCGGGCAUCGUCAUCGCCGGACCCCGGGUUUGGGAACUCGAGGACCGGGAGAUAGACGGUAUCUUCCAGGUCAACACCAUCAGUCAUUUCAAGAUGAUCCGAGAAUUCCUGCCCGGGAUGCUGGAACGGAACCACGGACAAGUGGUCGCUAUAUCUUCGCUUGCGUCUCUCACUUCGGUUGAAAGGUCAGGUCCAUACACAGCUUCCAAAUGGGCUGUGACGGGUAUGAUGCAUUCGUUACGCGAUGAUUUGCGAAGAAUACCGAACAACAAAGUGGUGGUCACGAAUAUUUGUCCGUAUUACAUCUACUCCGGCACUGGCAUUUCGACUUCAAACAAUUGGGAUCUUAGGAUACCACCAAUUUCUGUCGAAGAGGCUGCAGACGCUACGAUAAAUGGUAUCGUGACAAACAAAUUCGAAUUCACCAUCCCAGGACACCAUUACUUCUGGACCCUCCUGCUCAAGUUCCUUCCGCUCAGUGUAAGAGAUUGGUUCUACACGAUAUAUUACUGUCGGACGAGUAAUGUGACCGAAGAACAGAGGACCGGCUGGAACUCUUAUAAAAUAAUUGAUAGAAUGGCAAAUCGACUCGCAGAGCAACAAAAGGAGCUGAUAUGAAAAAGCACAUCAGAGGAUACAUGUGAUGCACUCACGGUCGUGUCAGGAUGGACCGGAGAUUGUAGACGCUAAUAGUGCUACGUCACGGGUGACCACUAUAUAUUGGCUUAUGAUAAAAUUGGGAGAGGUUAUGCCAUUUUUGUUAUUAGGACCCAAUUUCAUAGGCGAGAAUUCUUGUGGCGACGUCACGACUAAGACUAAUAGUUGUAGAAACAGGGUAUUCAUCCGAGAGUCAAUGAAUGAGAAUAGAUCACUAGGAAGGGGAAGAAUUUCAGGGCCUCGAAAUGAGUUUUCUCGUCAAAAAUGAACGCAAAACACAGAGGAACCAUUGAAAAUUUCCGAAAUGAACUUAUGAACGAGAAACUGGCGUUUGCAGUUUCAUGGCAUUGGUCGAUUCGAGCAUUGCUGCUCACUGAAUUGAUACCAUCGAUAAAUCGCAAAGCGCCCAACGCCACUGAUCAAUCGACGAACUAUCUUCACAUAAUAAUUUUAGUGAUCGCCAAA